AUGUAUCGGACAUUCUUCGUUGCGGCCCGCAGUGAUUACUCCUUCGUUCCAGGGAAGCAUGUCACAUUGUCAGCUACUCUGGGAGAGGCCAUCACCAGUAUGAAGCAGUACGAUGCACGCAAGUUGGGCUUCAAGCUUUCGGAUUCCGCAGAGCCGCCGAAGUCGGCCUUAGUCCGAAAGCAGAAUGUCGACAAGGCGAAGAGCUUGCUGUCCCACAGCACGACCUUUUCGAUCCUGGAAGUGGAGUUCGAGAACAUGCAGUCCAAGUUCGAGAAGGGCGAUCUCUCUGUGGACAGCAAGGCCCCGGGGAAGUUUCGCUGGGUUCUCAAUGGCAACGACACCGGUGUCAAGCUUUACACUUUCACUGCAUCCUUGACCUGGAAGCUUGAUGAGGAAGAGAAAAGCUCGGGUCUUUGGACAGUAUACGCUUUCUCGGACCAGAGCUUGCAUUCGACUUUCACCUCGUUGGUGUUUGACAAUGCCCUCGUCAAGGCCUCGAAGACUUCGGCAAAGGCUGAGAACACUUCCACGUCGUCGUCAUUGUCAUCAAUGACGGCCUUUGUCAGCGACCCGGCCGUCCUGGCGCUCGCAUACUGGGCAGGAAUGCAAAAGGACUUGAAGUUUGAGAAGUCCUCCAACGCCACUGUCAGCCUCCAGAUCGUGGCGCGAGAUCGGGAGUCGAUGGAUGUGAAGAUGUUGGAAGAGCAGCGAGGUCACAUGCUCAGGUGCUUGGACCAUGCGUCUCGUUCUCGCUUGGAGGCCGAGCACAUGGUGGAGGAGUGGAAAUCGGAAGAGAAGUUUUUCAGCAAUGAAAUCCUUCUGAUCGAAGAGCAACUCGGGAAAAAAAGCAAGCUCGACGAUGCCAUUGUCACUUCAUCUGUGGUCGGUGUGCGGAAAGUGCAGCAAGUUUCAUCCACCACUAUCCAUCCUUCGUCGACCUUCCACCCGUACAUCUCGUCGAGUCAGAUAUUGGCCAUCUCGUCAGUGCCAUUAUCUUUCUGGGAGUUUGGUGAUUCCUACCAAUUUCGUGGAAACUAUUGGGGUAAGCCAUGUCGCGUGAACGGGAAGUUGCAAUUCAUCACGAUGAGCCACAGCGGGUUACAGGCUACCUUGUUGAUGAGUGGUACAGACAGCCAAGAUCUCCUCAAGUGGGCCGAGACCAGCAAAGCCGGCGGUUAUCCACCCGAAGUGGUGGCACAUCUGUGUCCCGUAGGCUGUCCCCAGCACCCCAUUUCCACCGGAGCGUUUCACGCCACAGAAGUGAGCAUCGAAGACACCACAGCCGUGUGGUCAGGGAACGUAGGCCAAGCAGCAGAGCAUCCCGAGGGAGCCGGGCUAGGAGGUCUCGAGAAGGAACUGAGGGGCAUCGCUCAGGAAGCCCAGCAGCCCAACGAAGGUUUCCUUACCCGCCAUUCCAUCGAGGAAAUGAGCCGCAUUUUGGUGGAACAGGCCGGCACCGAAGGAGGUCGCGUACUCCCCAUUUAUCUGAAGUAUUUGCGACUGACCGUUUUGCGAAGGGACAUGAUACCAGGCCAACGGAGGGAGCUCACCACGCUCGCUCAUGUCAUGGACCGUUUGAUUCAACGAAAUCUCUUAGGAGCCAUGGACAUUGUGAACCAGCGCAUCAAGGCAUUGGAACUAGUGGUCAACGGAUCCACUUGGGGUGUGGUUCAGUACCUAGAGCUAGUACCCCAGGACAGCGAACGCAUAGCCAGCAAUGCAGAGAUGCAGAGUGCUGCGCGAGAGUUCAAGUGGGAAAGCAAGCUACAGAGAGAGAUCACCGGCAAAGGGGGAAGAGCUUGGGGGUGGCAGUAUCGGGACGACAAGGGCAAGGGAGGAAAGAAAGGGGACGGCAAGAAAGGAGUUUUGAGAUCUGACACGUUUGGUGGUUGCGAUUGGCAGGAAUCCUUGCCUUGCAAUUCGGAUCAAUUGUCUUGCGUUCUGUUUGAUGUGAUUCUGGGCAGCCGUUACAGUUCAUUUGGUGAUCUUAUUGGAGCUUUCUGCGAAGUCCAGGGAGGUACCACGGCAACAAGGGAAGAUCGAUGUGCGGACAUUUUCCCAUUGCCCCUGCCCAGCAAAGACAGAGUGUGGGAGAUGAGAGAGAAAUCCGACUGUCGUGAACUGUGGCUAUUCCUUUUGGUUUCAGGGUUGAACUACCUGAAUGGAGGCAAACAUGCUGGUAUGAAGGCUUUUGAACCAAGCGGUAUUCAAUCAAAGAUCUUGGAGUUCCUUCGUGGGCGAGUCGACCGUUUCUUGGACCAGUCAUUCCGCAUUGAAGUGUUUGAUUGGACGUCAUUUCUGAAAACUCGAUCCCUCAGCUACACCGGUGAGGAAGUCAGGUCGGCAAAAUGGACCAACUGGUCUCACAUUGCUCCAGCUCUUCCCCGAGGUUGUGUUGGGUCGAUUCCUGCGUUGGACUUGGCUGAAGAAGGCAUACAUGCUUAUCUUGCUAAGCCAGAAUUGUUCCUGCGGCCUGAUUGGGAAUCUUCUCCGGUUCCUUCCUCCCGCGUUAUGGUGUCGGAUGAAGACUGGGGAGACAUGGCCAGGGGACUGAUUGAGUACAACCUUUGUGCAAUUCUCCCUCAGUCAGCCCUUGUCAAAGCUGGUGGGCUUUGCAUCCUUAACGGUCUUUUUGGCGUUGAAAAAGGGGAGCAGCAUGAAGGUGUCGAGGUGCACAGGUUGAUCAUGAAUUUGGUACCUUCGAAUACACUAUUCCUUCCAGUCCGUGGUGAUGUCGACACGUUGCCUUUGUUACCACAAAUGAAUGCUCUCGAACUCCAACCGUCAGAGGAGCUUGUCAUUUCCUCGGAGGAUAUCCGCGCGAUGUUCUACAUAUUCGCUCUUCCCCCAGUUUGGUACCCGUACCUUGCUUUCAAUCGUGCAGUGCCAGACGACUUGGUGCCUCCAGGUGUCGAUGAGCCGUGUUUCUUGUGCUCCAAAGUCCUCCCGAUGGGGUUCCUCAAUUCAGUUGGUAUCGCGCAACACUUGCACCGGAACUUUCUCCGAAGGGUUCAGGGAGACCCCAGCAAUCUCCUGAGUUAUUCCGAAAUCCGACGUGAUCGGACUUGGAGUCUAGCGAACCCGAAGUGGCGAGUCUACCUUGACAACCUGGAUGUGCUGCAUUCGAUUGAUCCUGAAUUGAUUUCAGUGCUGGAGGGACAGGUAUCCGAUGACAUGUCUCCGCUUCUUACGGCAUACCACGCGGCAGGGAUACCUUUGAACGAGAAGAAGUCCGUUCGUCAAGCCUCCGCUGCUGAAGUUCAGGGAGCAGAGAUUAACGGCAAAACGGGAUUAGCCAGACCCAAGCCCGACAAACUUGGAAAGUACGCGAGCGCCGCGGUCUCCUUGCUCAGGAGGCGGAGGUGCACGCAGAAGGAAAUCCAAGUGGUUUCGCGGGGCCUUGUUUAUUUUGCGAUGUUUCGACGACCGCUCAUGUCAUGCCUCAACUACGUGUGGCGAUUCAUUCAGUCCUUUGAUGAGCCAGGGCCUUGUAGUCGCAAAUUGCCGAGUCCUGUUGCCUCUGAACUCUGCAUGUUCUUGAGUUUGCUGCCCCUUGCGCACCAAGACUACCGUGCAAGUAUCUCUGGAUUGUGCACUGCAAGCGAUGCUUCGCUAUCCGGUGGAGGGCUAUGUGCCUCAGAUGGACUCACAUCGUUUGGUGAACAAGUUGCCAAAGGAGACUUCCGGGGGCAAAUCCACCGAGACUUGCCGCAUCGCUCGGUUGUUUGCAUUGGCUUGUUUGACGGAGUUGGCUCAUUGCGUGUGGCGUUGGAGGCGUUGAAAACACAUGUAUUGCUCCACGUGUCUGUGCAAUGCUCUGACGCCGCUCAAAGAAUUGUGGAGACCCACUUUCCUGACUCAAUUCGCUUGGAUGCUGUGGAGUCCAUCACAUCAGACAUGUGUCAGGAAUGGGCUGGAAGAGCUUCGACUUGUUCCUUGGUGAUCGUUGGGGCUGGCGUACCUCUUAGGUUGCAUGGAACGGUUAAUGAUCGUGAGCCGAUCACCAGCUUGCAUGCCUUGGUCCAGCCAGUCAUUGCGAAGCUACGACAGCAUUUUUGCUGGUGUCCUGUUCACUUUAUUGAAGAGUCAGCUUUCAACAUGGAGAUUCGUGAACGGGCUCUUUACACCCGUGAUGCUGGAGUACUGCCUUGUCGUAUCUGUGCUUCCGAGAUCUCUCCGUGUCGUCGGGAGCGCUUGUACUGGAUUGACUGGGCGUUGGAGGCUGAAGCCGGAUGCACACUGCGCCCCGCCAUUGACAAGAGCGAAACAGGUUACACUGAAGUUCACUUCUCCGUAGACAAGUCGUUUGUCGGAAUAUUUGAACCUGGAUGGACUUUCUUUGAAAGUAUUGAGUUCCUCGGUGCUUUCACCACAGCUCAGCCCAGCUCCGCGCCAGGGGCUAACCCUGCCGGAUUGAAUAAGUGUUCCUAUGAAGCCAAGGAGCGGUGGCAUAACGACAGGCACCGGUUCCCCCCUUACCAGUAUCGUGAUGAAAAUCUUCUUUGGCAUCCUCGUCAUGGUGGUCGCAUGUCCACCGCUGCGGAGCGUGAACGUGCCAUGGGACUUCCCCGUGACUUCACUUUCAAUUGUCUCCCGAAGAAUGAAAUCAAGUCCAACCGCUUGAAGCACGAUGAUACACGCAUGAGCUUGAUCGGUUGUGCGUGGAGUGUUCCAGUUGUGAGUUGGUUGUUGCUUCAUCUCCUACGUCCUUUGGGACUUUGCAUGGUCGCCAACUUGAAUGAGUUGUUGGAUUUAUUCUUUCGUGAUGCGCCUAUUCUUUCCGAUGCAUUGCUCCACUGGCGUUCCUUCGGCAUCCCUGGGAAAGUUGCUGACCCGAGCUUGGAAGUGAGCCUGACUCGCAAACUUUUGACCCUCUUGUCCACCAAGGGGGAGGACAUUCUCAUUCAGGUGUCCAGUGAGAGUCGAGCGCCACAGAAGUUCAGGAACACUAUCCCGGCGAAUCUAUGGCGGUGGCGCACCAUUUGCGGCUGGUCGUGGGCUAACCGUGCCGAGCACAUCAACAGGCUUGAACUUCGGGCCGUCUAUUCAUCUUUGCGGUGGCGAGUUCUUCGAAACAAAAGCCUCCGAAUCAAAUUCGUCCAUUUGACUGACAGCCUUGUGUCGCUGCACGUGAUCAACCGCGGACGCUCCAGUUCGCACAAGAUCCAAUCUUUAAUGUAUCGCAUCGCAUCUUUAUCUCUCGCAGCUGGCCUCCAUCCUUUCAUCUGCUAUGUGUCGACCCAUCAAAAUCCCGCUGACAAGCCGAGGGAGAGGCGCAGCUCGAUCGGCACCUUGCGAGAGAAUACUGUGGGGUUGAAGGCGCGAAAGCGCUACAACUCAGCUUUGUCUGCUUUCUAUGCUUUCUGCCAAUCCAGAAAAGUAUGCAUCCCUGACAAAGGCGAUGUUCUGGAUGAAGUUUUCUCGGAUUACAUCGAAUUCCUUUGGGAAUGCGGGGACAGUUUAUCUCUUGUGACGGACGCACUGUCUGGACUGCAAGAUUUGCGCCCGCACCUGCGCGGCCACCUCAACCUUUCUUGGAGGCUCGUGAAAACCUGGCAAAGGUUGGAAAUUCCUCACAGGGCGCCGCCCCUUCCGGAGGAUCUUCUUCAUGCCAUGUGUGGGUAUUUUCUCAACUUGGGCGAUGCCCAGAUGUCCCUUGCAUUGGAAACGGCCUUCUAUGGUGUUUUGCGAACAGGUGAAUUGUUACAGAUGUGUGCGCAACAUGUCUCCGUAAGCUCUAGGUCCAAACCUGGAGACAAGCUCGUGCCAGUAUCGGAUUAUCAUUUCAGGCGCGGUGGUGCGACGAUGUAUUUCACAAAAAAUCCUCAGAUGGAUUGGCUCCGUCUGAUGGGCCGCUGGUCCUCUGACCGCACCGUGCGCGUCUAUGUGAAUGACGGGCUUUCGCAGCUCGCAGAGAUGCGGUAUGAUAUCCGUAAGCCUCCUUUGCAUCGCUUUUAUUUGGCAUUCCAUGCUCAAACGCGGCUUGAGCACGCCUCCGGCAUGAGCUUGAGGGGACGUGGAAGGCGAUGCUAG